AUGGAGAACUCGACCGAUGUUGUUUUGGAGGAGAUAACAUGGCGGUCUCCCCAACACGUCCAGUUAAUGGGCGGCUUCCUCCACUCCAAUAAUAUUUUGUUCUACUUUGCAGAAUCGCCUUUCUUCGAUUCUACAUCGAAUAAUGCGACUUUAACAUUGCAAGCGAUGCACAAUGAGAACUUUCGUCAAUUCAUCGAGACUCGGGAAGCAUUUGAAGGGAGGUUAAAGACUAUGCAAGGUCUGGAGUUUGUAGUAGCUCAGGAUCCUAUACAGGAGGCCGCUGCUGCUGUAGCGGCCGGGAAUGCUCCUCAAGAACCAUCGAAUAUAUGGGUGAUUAGGAAGCAAAACAGGCGCCGGCAGCCGGGUAUGCAGGAGGAGAUCCAGAUACUGGCUACCUACUUUGUUGUAGGAGAUUCCGUUUAUAUGGCACCGUCAUUGAUGAGUGUGGUCGGACGCCGAAUGCUAUCUACUGUCACAUCUCUCACAAAGGUCCUUCCUGUCGCAUCGAAACAGCUGCUUUUUACGCCAUCUCACGGCCAUACGUACACUCCCCCAAUUCAGAAGCAUACAGAGGCGGGCCAAACGACUGCUACCCAGUCCGCACAAGCUGGAAAGGAGGCCACUCCUGUACCUGGUACCCAAAAUACAACACCCGGCGCAGUAUCACCGCCUUCCAAGCUAGGCGCAGCGGCAAGUCAGGAUAUGAGAACUCUUGCAGAUGCGCUUAACCUCCUCUCCCGUUAUGGUGACGAGUAUAUGGAUGAGAUGCCUUUGGUCGGUGAACCAGGGUCCUUCAUCAUUUCAAUGAAUGCCGCAAAUACAUUGACAGUUCCCGGAACUGAGAACCCUUCUGGCAGUGUCGGAGCGACUAAGUCUACUGUGCGAUCACCAUCGAGGACUCCAGUGCCAAAACUGGGAGGACCAGAUACUCCUGGUGCUUCACCUGCACUAGGAGGUGUGACUGACUCCAAUCAGCCUUCAAUAGGGAAAGGUAAAAAGAGGGAUAUCACCAACGCCAUGUGA